AUGAAGAUAGUAAUUCAACGAGUCACCCAGUCUUCUGUUUCCGUUGCAGGUAGUUUAGUUAGCUCUAUCGGCAAAGGAUUGUGUGUGCUAGUUGGAAUUCACACUGAUGAUACUGACGAUGAUAUUCAGUAUACUGUUAGGAAAAUAUUGAACACCCGAAUAUUUGAUGGAGAAACAAAACGUUGGGAUAAAUCUGUGAAGGAUUUGAAUCUGGAGGUCUUAUGUGUAAGUCAGUUCACACUAUAUGGAAUUUUGAAGGGCAACAAAUUGGAUUUUCACAAUUCUAUGGGACCCAAGGAAGCAUGUGAGUUCUAUGGAAAGUUCAUAAGCCAACUUCGUUCUCAAUACAACACAGAUCUUGUUAAAGAUGGAGUUUUCGCGGCCAUGAUGGAAGUUCAGAUAAGCAACGAUGGGCCCGUUACAGUUGUUAUAGAUAGCAAAGAUAAAUAG